AUGGGGCAAAAAAUUAAGUUUAUCUUAAUUAUGGAAAUUGGUGCUUUUAUCCUUUUAACGUGGAUAUACUAUUUUAGCCAUGACAUAGAUUCAAGCAUUGUAGGUUUAAAUGAAGAGAUACCAAGUAAUGCAAUGAAAAAAAAAAAAAAGUCAUAUAAUUAUGAAUGUUGGGAAAAGUCAAAAAAUAAACAAUCAAAUGGGCGUUCAUCAACAAAUCAGGAAGGUCACAAACAAAAUAUAACAAAUAAAUCUUGUAUGUUUGAAACAAAAAAAUAUUCUCAUGUUGAAAAAAAAAUAUUCAAAGAACUCGAUUACAUGGUUUUUCUUAAAAAUAGCAGGACAAUUAGCAAUAAGACUUACAGAAAGUUAGUACGUAAAAAAUACGGAUUGCGAAUUGUUUUACCUUUAUUAUUGUUUUUGUUAUUAUUAACAGUAUUCGUAGCAGAUUUAUCAGUGGGUUAUGCAUUUGAAACUGAUGGAGGAUCUUGGGGACUAAUAGGUUUGACAGAAUAUUUAAAAACAUUGACGAAACAGAAUAUUGCAUGGUUGAAUACCUUUUUAGAAUGGUUGAAGGAUAAUUUACCAUGGUUAUCGGCAUGUCCUAAUUUAAAUACAGGUACCCAUAAGGCCUGUUUUUUAGGACCAAUAUUUGGUAUUUUGAUAUAUUUCAUACCCUUCCUUAUACUAGGUGUCACAUUUAUAUUGGCUAUUUUUUAUUACCACAAGAAAGUUAAAAAAUAUGAAAAAAUUAAGUACAGGAAAAGGUGA